GGAUAUAAAUGCUCAUAGCCUAAAUUUUAAUUUCAGCCUCAACAAAUUAGCACAAUUUUCGCUAUCAUUGGAAAAGAUUUUGUAGAAAGUUGGCUGGAUCAGUCGUCCAGUUUCUGUCAGUGUGAUUAAAAUGUCCCAUGUUUUGCGUAAUGUACAGUUCUUCCAUCAUUUGAAUUCAUUCAGACGUUAUCUCAAACCUUUAUUUCUGAACCACUCAAUAAGAAAGUUUAAUGAAAACUCCACCCCUGCUUCCAAAACAGUAAAUGUUCGAUUUGUUGAUCGAAAUGGUAACAUCAGACAUCUUGAAGGAGAAGUUGGAGAUAAUUUGAUGGUACUGGCCCGCCGGCAUAAUAUUGAAAUAGAGGGAGCUUGUGAGGGUUCUCUGGCAUGUUCCACUUGCCAUGUCUAUAUUGAUCAAAAAUUUUAUGAUCUGCUCCCACCUGCUUCUGAGGGGGAGGAAGAUAUGUUAGAUUUAGCUGUUUUCCUACAAGAAAACUCUAGGUUAUCCUGCCAAAUAGUGCUGACCAAAGAAUUAAAUGGAAUGACAAUCACUUUGCCAAAGGCUACAAGAAAUUUCUAUGUUGAUGGACAUAUUCCACAACCUCAUUAGUUAUCAUCAUCUUAAGAUAACUUUAUGUAUAUUGUAUAUAAUAUUAAUAUCAGAAAAAUUAAAUAAAAGAAACAUUAUUUUCUGAA